AUGUUGGUAGUGGGAAACCACGGCUUCCUAACCCCCAGCUGUCACACACAAGGACGGAUAUGUCACUCGUCCACUGAUUAUGUCAGAUAUCAGGAUAGGACCUCGGCUAAUCGACUUGGGGUGCCGACGCCGCUCAGGCGGUACAAAGGCGUAGGAAGAAGAAGAAGAAGAACAUUUGAGCACUUCAAACACCUCGGAAAGCUAUUCUUCGUUCUGAAUCAAUAAAAGGUUUCUCGGAAACCAAUGAAAGACCAAGAAUCGCCGAUUACCCAACUUAUUAUACUCGAUCCUUGUACCCGAGUACUCGAUUAGUUGAUCCGUUAAUCCAUCGAGAUGUAGUGGUCCGGUGGCCGAAACAAUGGCGCUGCCGUGUCAUAUAAUCCCGACAGCUGCACGACCUCGCCUCACUUGGAUGACCCGUGCCGCGCUGCUUCCGACGCCAGAAGUUUCUUAA